GACAUCGAGUAUCAAACCAAAACCUCGUCAGCGAACAUGCGAUGGAAAUGUACUAUAUAAGUCGUGUAAGUAAUCGGUCCUCUUCCUCAUUAUAGCCACCACAAUGGUUCAUCCAACCCAACUGGCUACUGCAGCGAAAGAGCUCUUCCACCGGCUCCAAGCCAUUCCAGAAUUCCAAAGCAUUCGCCUUGUCAUUAUCGGCGGUCUUGCCGCUUGCAGAUACAACCCCGAUCGUGAAACAACCGAUAUCGAUAUUCUGGUUGAUCUUGCGCCUGGAUUUGAUCCACGCCUCAGCGAACUUCCCUCUGGUGCCACUGAGCUCAUCAAACGGGGGCUGUCAGUCUCUUAUCCGGGGGAGUUUUUCCAGCCAGCCGAAGACUUCAAGUUUCGUUGGGCGGAGGACAUUUCAGUUGAUUUUAUACCGUGCGACGUCGCGCCAUACGUCCCGCAGUCGGCAAUGACCAUCGCGGAGACCCGAGAGACUGGCGAGCUGCCAUUUAUUUCGGCGUUAGAUCUGGCCAUUUUUAAAAUACAUAGCUACGGGCUACGAUGGAUUCCCAAGAACCGGGAAUCGGAUGCAAUCGAUGCCGCGGCGCUUGUCCAAUAUGUCAGCCGUGGCCAGGUGAUCCGGCUGUCGGCUGAGCAGCGAGGUCGUGCUUGCUGGUCUUGA